CUCAAACGUAUAUAUCUCGGCUAUUGCAACACCAUCUCUCCAGAUUCGAUUCCAUGCUGCCGAUCGACUAAAUACAGCAUGAACUUAGCUCUUUAUUCAGUGUUAUUUUGUGUUCACGCAGUCUUUGCAGCAAGUUCUAAUGGGCAUGGACACAAAUCACAAGACUGGUUAAACCAUGGUGGAGAUCUGUUCAACAGAAGAUAUGCUUACAAAGAGCAUAAGAUCAGCCCAAAAACAGCACCGAACCUACGUUUGAAGUGGAAAUUCAAUGCAGGCAAAGACAUCAGUGCAACACCAGCCAUAUAUGAUGGUACCCUUUAUUUUCCAAGCUGGAACGGUAACAUCUAUGCAGUUAAAGAAGCUGAUGGAUCGCUUGUGUGGAAGCAGAACUUGCAGAAUCUGACAGGUAUAAAUGCAACUGGCUAUGUUACUACUGUAAAUUGGACCGUGUCAAGGUCAACUCCCACAGUAGCAGGGGAUAGACUGAUAAUUGGAGUCUACGGCCCUUGUAUUCUUAUUGCUGUCAAAAGAACAACUGGUGAGCUUGUGUGGAAGACCACUUUGGAUAACCAUCCUGCAGCAAUCAUCACCAUGUCUGGAACAUACUAUAACAGACAUUUGUAUAUCGGAAUAUCUUCAGUGGAAUAUUUUGCACCCUUUGAGCAAUGCUGCACAUUCCGUGGAAGUUUUGUAAAACUUAAUGCCCGAUCAGGUGCCAUCUUGUGGAAGACUUUCAUGUUACCAGAUAACAAUAACACGAGAGGAGAAUAUGCAGGAGCUUCCGUUUGGGGGAGCAGCCCUUCCAUUGAUGUUAAAAGAAACCAUGUCUAUAUUGCAACUGGGAACCUCUAUUCUGCCCCAUUACGCAUACGUCAGUGUCGAGAGAGACAAAUUAAUGGAACUGAGCCUACUCAACCAGACGCGUGUGUUGAACCAGAAAACCACUCUGAUUCAAUGUUAGCCCUUGAUUUGGAUUCUGGGAAAAUCAAAUGGUACCGCCAGUUAGGAGGCGUUGAUAUAUGGCUCUUUGAAUGUGUCGAUCCUUCAACUCCUAAUUGUCCUCCUCAAGGUAUCAACCCAGAUGCUGAUUUUGCGGAGGCACCAAUGAUGUUGACCACAUACGUAAAUCGAACCAAGAAAGAUAUUGUUGUUGCAGGCCAGAAAAGUGGCAUUGUAUGGGCUUUAGAUCGUAAUAAUGGCAACCUCGUCUGGUCUAAGCAAGCUGGGCCAGGAGGGGUAACAGGAGGUGCAACAUGGGGUGCAUCAACUGAUGAAAGAAGGGUUUACACCAACAUUGCCAAUUCUGAGGCCAGAAAUUUCACUCUUGCUCCUUCAAACAUCACUACAACUGCUGGUGGGUGGGUGGCAAUGAAUGCUAGCAAUGGUAGAGUUUUAUGGUCAAUAGCCAACCCCAGUAACAGCACUGCUCAUGGCCCUGUUAGUGUUGCAAAUGAUGUUGUCUUCGCUGGAUCCACGGAUAGAAAUGGAUCCAUAUUUGCCAUCGAUGCCAAGAGUGGGAAAAUUUUAUGGUCCUAUCAAACUGGAGCCAGUGUCUAUGGAGGCAUGUCAAUUAGCAAUGGGUGCAUAUAUGUGGGUCAUGGAUAUAGUGUUUGGGGACCUGAUCUCUUUAACUUUUCCGGUGGAAUCUGGCUCUUUGGCUUCUGUGUUGAGUUCUAAGAAUUUAUGUGGUUAAUAAGCGUGUUUGUAAUUGUUGUGUUUUAAAGAAUAAUUAUUUUCAUUAGCUUUUGUGAUUGUUCAAAAACUUUUUGAAAAAUGUUUUCAAAAUUAUGUGAUUAUCAAACACGUACAAAUAUAAAUGGAUCAAUAAAACAGAAACUGUU